UUCAAUAUUUCCUGGCUGGUUGCCGAGCUUGGAGGUCUCAUUCAGUUAGGGGAGUGUUCCGACUCCACUACUCAGACACUCGACAUUACAACGAUUUCCCGUACGGUGCAGAUGGUAUCAAUACCAGUUAGUUACAAGUAGGCCGGCCGGGCCAGGCUCGCCCGCGGGCAAGGAAGGGCUAGCGAUGUCUGAGACUGGGAGCCAGAGGAGUGGGGCUGACGCGUCAGACGCUGCUUCAAGCAAGGACGAUGCAUCAAUUAUCAAGGCUAAGCGCGCACGCAUUCGAUCCGCCGGAGAGGAUGGGUCGGACCUGCUGGAGCAGAAAAAGUCCCUGCAAGAGGGCGUGCACGCGGCCAUGUACAUGCUCGCGCGCAGCAAACGUUCCGACAACUGGAAGAUGGCUGUCUUCAAGAUCGUGUUGGAGGGCCUCAUCCCCUUCCUGGUGGUGUUCAAUCCCACAAACGACUGGGGCAUUAAAACGUCCAACCCGCUGUGGCAAGCGCUUCGGUGGCUGCUGCCGCGCUCGCCCAUUGCUCGCAUCUGGGGCUACGACACGUACAUCAAGAUCUUUUACGUGUUCGUGGCGCUGGUGUACAUCAGCGUGGGCUGCAUUGCCGCCCUCACACUGGCCAUGCGGCGGCAGGAACACUCCAAGGCAUUGAAGCGUUUCGCUGCGGGGAUCCAGAUCCUCACUGACGUCGUCUUCUCCCUUUUCUACGUGGCUGUGUUCGACUACAUGACGUUUUUGUUCAACUGUCAUUUUUCCGGGCACGGCCUCCACUCGCACAACUACUUCACUGGCGUUCAGUGCUUCAAGGGCCCUCACCUGAUUCACAUGGCGGUGGCGGGCGUGACCUGUGUGGUGUUCUUCCUGUGCACGGCCUUCAUGCUGGUGGGCGCCUGCGACCUCAACCCGGUGGCGCAGGGACUCAUGUCCUCGCCCGCAGCCGCCACGCGCGUCAAGGUGCUCAUCUUCAAGGCCGCCUACGUGCUCUGUGUCAACGUGCUGUACUCCAUGGUCAAGGUGCAGUCGGUGGCGAUGCUCGUCUGCGCGGUGCUCAUCACCUACUUCAACUUCGCGGCGAUUCCGUUCGUGCGGGCCUACAUCAACCCGUACUGGGUGGGCGACUGGGCGGCGGUGUCGUACACCUGCGUCAUCUACUGCCUCUUUAAGUUCAACAAGAACGCGCACCUGCCAUCCGUGGAGCACGACAUGACCAUGCUUGUGCUGUACGGCGUGUUCCCCACCUACUUUGUUGCGGCUGGCUUGACCUGGCUGUACAUCCGCUGGCGCAUGAGCAAGACGGCGGCCUUUGUGGGCGUGGACCCCACCAUCAAGCUAAAGAAGGUCUACUCGUUUGGGUCGCCAGAGGAGGUGGAGCUGCUGUCCCGGGGCAUGCGGCACUGGGACAGCGACGGCGUCAUUCUGGAGGACGCGGCGCAGCUGGGCGAGAUGGUCAUCAAGUGCGGCCUGGCCACGUACCCGGGUCACGUGGGGCUGCUCAUCCUCAACGCCAACUUCCUGAUGGAGGUGAAGCGGGACGGCCCGGCGGCGCGCACACAGCUGCAGCUGGCGGGCAAGGGAAAUCCCAGCAUGAUCCAGCGCUACCAGAUCUUUUCCACCAUUGAGAACAGCAAGCGGCUCAAGGACGGCCAGAGCGGUCAGCUGGACCUGCAGUCUUACGUGGAGUUCAAGAGGAACUACAGGGCCGUCAUACGCGUGCACAAGGCGGCGCUGGGCGCACAGCGUGACUUCUGGUCGCUCAUGCAGAAAGGCCACGUGCGCGUCUCCACUGUCGAGGCCAUCAUGCGCGCCAUGGACGAGGCCGCGGAGACGGCGCACCAGGUGUACAAGCGCGUGUUGGAGCGCUACCCCUCCAACGGCAAGCUGCUGCGCUGUUACGGCAAGUUCCUGGAGGACGUGCGCAACGACCCUGUCGCAGCGUCGCGAGCCUACACCGAGGCGGCCCGCAACGGUGGUGGCGACGGCCUGUUGUCGCUGGACCUGCAGAUCCAGGGCAGCGACAAGCCCGACUUCCUGACGUCCAUGGACCUGCACGAGGACGCCUGCAUGGUCAUCAACCACGAGGGAAACAUCAUGAUGGUCAACUCGUGCAUCACGAACCUGCUUGGGUAUGCCAAGACGGAACUGGAGGGCAACAACGUGAGCAUGAUCAUGCCGCAGCCCUUCUCGGGCCGCCACGCCGGCUACAUGCAGCGAUACAUCCAGGGCGGCGAGCCUCACAUCUUGGAUAGUGUGCGCGACGUGGUGGCGCUGCACCGGGACCGUGUGGUGUUCCCGCUGCAGCUGUGCGUCACCAAGCUCAGCGGCAUCGGCACGGACUCGAUCUUCCUGGGCGUGAUGCGGCCGGUGCCCCUGGACGCCCACAACGUGCGCGCCUGGGUGGCACCCAACGGCCUCGUGCUGUGCACUGACCCGCAGUUCGCCAGCCUGACCGGGCUGACCAGCGAGGAAAUGGUGGGCCUGACGGUUCAGUCCAUGUGUGUGGACGGCACCGCGAUUGAGGACCUGCUGGACUACUGCAAGAACGCGCCCUACGAGGAGCUGGCGUCGGGCAGCAUCGUGCGCCGCUUCAACCUGGUGAACAGGCACAUUCAUCAGGUGCCGGUGGAGGUCAAGAUCACGCCGGGAGGCACCGACACACAGCGCCUGUUUGUAUUCAACGCGCACCGCACCGACGGCAACAUGGACGGGCUGAUGGUGGUGGAUACCAAGGGUGCCGUGACCUUUGCGACCUGGGACGUGGCGGCCAUGCUGGGCUACCCACUCAAGAAGUUCCUCACCAUGAAGCUGGACCAGCUGCUGCCGCAGCCCUUCGCGGCCAUGCACGCCAGACACCUGCGGGAGCACCCCGCCACCAUCCCGCCCACCAGCUGCCGCGCCGGCGCGCUGGUGUCGCUGCUGAACAGCAACGGCGCGCAGGUGCCUGUGCGGCUGCAGGUGCUGACGCAGGAGGACGUGGCCAGCGGCCACACCAAGCACGUGGUGUGCGUGCGCAAGGUGGAUGCGGGCAGCCCCAGCGACAUGUACGGCGACAAGAGGCUCACGCUCACCUGCACCAUGGAUGGCAAGGUGUUGUCUGUGGACCAGCCCACGUCGCUGCUGUUCGGCUUCACCAGCGGGUCGGUGGUGGGUUCCAACCUGGCGGACUGCAUCGACGUCUUCGCCGAGUGGCGCGAGAAGGCGGGCGCGCACCAGACGGAGCUGCUGCUGCUCAGCCUGCUGGACAAGGAGGCGGAGAUGCCGGGCACCAGCUGGCGUGUCAAGGUGCACGGCCCCGAGGACGAACACAACCUGCUGCCCAACAUCGACAAGCGCGGCCCCAAGCGCGCGGUGGUGGGCCGCGCCGCCUGCCUGCAGACCGAGAUCGUCGAGGACGCCGGCAGUCUGCUGCGCGCGGCCCGGGCGGCGUCCAAGGACGAGCUGGGCGGCAACCGCGGCAACGCCGCAUUUGACCUGGCGCUGGGGCCGGAGCAGGCGGCGGGCGGGGACGGCGGCAUGAUGGACAGCAGCCAGGACCACCUCCGGACGCUGGCCAAGAUCGUGCUCUGGCGGCGCGACCUGCUGUGUGGUACGGUGGAGCUGGACCCCAAGCUGGUGGUGCGCCGCGCAGACGUGGCCACCGGGCUCAUCGUGGGCCUGCCGCCCUCAGCGCUCGCCCGCAUGCCGCUGUACAAGCUGCUGGAGGUGCCCAGGGGUGUUGGCUGGGACGACUUGAUGGUCAGCAAGGAGACGGCGGGCAAGCGCGGCAAGAAGAGCGCGCUCAAGGGCGGCACCGGCCAGACCGUGUCGCCGGUGGCGGCGUUCGAGGGCCCGCACCCCGACUGCGGCACCAUGCGCAUCUUCGUGCAGGGCGUCACGGGCGGCGGCAUGAACCGCAUCGCCGCCAUGCUGCACCCAGACACCCAGUUCACGGGUGCCCGUGCCAACCUGUACCGCGCCCUCGGCCUGGAGGCUCUCAUCAACGGCGAGGCCGCGGCAGACGUGGCGGCUGGAGCCAACCACCAGCACCACCACCAACACCAACAGAACGGCGACCAUCAUGCACACGGCGCCCCACCGCCGCCACAGCAGCAGCAGCAGCAGCAGCAGCAGCGUGCGCCCGGGGUGGUGCCCAUACCGCGCGGCAGCCCGCCGCAGCCGCCCCAGCCGUCUCCCGCGCCGCAGCUGCAGUCGCCGCCCAUUGGCAGUGGCCGGAGGCUGCAGGUGAUUGCGGAGGAUGCGGCUGAGGCCAGGGGCGAUGGCGAUGGCGCCGGCAAGGCGGGCGAGGCUCCUGACGUGUCUGACGUGGAUGAGCUGCCGCCCCGUGACAACGCCUCCAUGAAGGACUCGAAGCUCUCCAGCAGCAGCACCAGCGACGAUGACGACGGCAGCGCCGAUGGCAAGGUGGCUCCCGGCAGCGAGGAGGCGCCUGACGCCAGUGUGGCGGACGCGGCGGAGGCGGCUCGAAUGCACAUGGCCGCGCACAACCAGUCGGAGUUCGUGGCGCAGUGGGUGCGCACGCUCACGCGCCAGGGCACCACCACCGCCGACGCGGCCGGCGAGCGGGACCACAUCCCCGCCUCCCGCGCCGGCACCAAGGACCUCAUGCCCGUGCCGCCGCCGCACGAGCACGGCAGCGCCGGCCUGCGCGCCGCGCUGGGCGGCAACUCCAAGAAAAAGGUCAGCAUAAAGAAGAUGCUCGAGCUGCAGCCUGUGGCUGAGGAGGCAGCUGGCGGCGAGGGCAGUGGCAGUGACGGCGGCUCGGACAAGGGCCUGUCGCAUGCGGAGCGCAGCAACAUCAGCGCGCAAGGCGGCAAGCCACCCUCCUCAGGCGGGGACGACGCCAGCAGCGUCAAUGACGAUGACGAGGCCACCAGCCAGGGCCUGGGCCAGGCCUUCACGGACGCCUCCUCUGCCGUGGACGUGGACAUUUCCACAGACACGCGGCGGGCGCGGCUGCUCAAGCGCCUCACGCGCCUGCUGGCCGGCGUGCGGCUGGCGGCGCCGCUGGGCGCCAUGCGGUCGCGCACGCUGUGGCUGCUGCUGGGCAUGAUGGUGGCACACGUGGCUGUGUACGUCAUCUUCACCAGCCUCAUCAGCAGCCAGUUCGUCAACAUCCGCGAGGUGCACCGCCUGGCGCUGGCCGCCGACCGCUGUCAGGUGGUGUCGGUCAAGGCCGCCAUCGCCGAGUUCUGCACCCGCCCCGGCGUGGCGGCCGAGAGCGUGUGCGAGCUGGGCCUCAACAGCACCAUCGGAGACCUGAGGGCGGCCAUUGACGACCUGAAGACAUACCACCAGGGCAUCUACCUGGGCGGUGUCACGCCACGCAAGAUCCCCGAGCCCACCGCCUACCACAUCUGGACCGACAGAACCAACAGCUUCGAUGCCUACAUGGACACGCACCCGCCCCGCACGGCCAACGAGACGCUGGGCGCCUGGCAGCUGGGCAACCGGGUCAUUGCGGCGGGCAGGGAGCUGCUGUACUGGGCGGGGGCGCUCGCGGGCAACAUCUCCUCUCUGCGGCAGUACAAGCUGCUCAUCUUCGCCAGCCCCGUCGCGCUGUUCGCCGGCUACACGCGCAGCCUGGACUACCUGGUCAGCUACGCCUGGUCCGAGGUGUCCAGCCUGCAGACGGCCCUGAUCAUCCUGCUUGUGGUGGAGGCUGCGGGCGUGCAGCUGGCCUGCAUCGUCUACCAGCUGGUGCUGCUGCGGCGCGUGGAGGCGGUGCGCUUCAGCGCCAUGCUCACGGGGCUGGCGGUGCCGGGGCCCAUGUUGCGCGUGCUGGCCAGCCGGCCGCUGGUGGUGGUGGAGGACAGUGACGACGAGGAGGCGGACGACGAGGACGGACCGGGAGAGGGAGGUGGCGGCGGAGGACGAGGAGGAGGAGGAGGAGGAGAAGGCGAUGGUGCCGGGUCGAUGGCGGCGGGCCGGCGCAGCGAUGCAGGCGCUGGCGGAGGCGGCGGGCUGAGGCACCAGGCGUCGGAGAUGUCGGAGGAGGGCGGCAUGGGCCAUGGCGGCGGCCCCAGCUGGGCGGCGGGUGCUGGCGAGCAGAGCCUGGGUGGCACGGAGACCGGCGUGCUGAUUGGCGGCAAGAAGGGCGCGGGCGCGGGGCUGAAGCGCGGCUCGCACGGCCGCAUGCGUAUCAACGGCAAGGAGCUGGUCCCCAGCUGGAAGGCCCUGCUCAUGUUCCUGCUGCCGUUGGUGUGUUGGGAGAUCACGCUGGUGGCCAUUGGCGCCGUGUCCUUUGUCAAGCUCAGCGGCAUGCAGGGACCGCUGGCGUCACUCAACAUGGCCUCGCACGUCAUCUACCGCUACACGCGAGUGCGCCUGAUUGCUUUCCUGCUAGUGGCGGCGGAUACCUCCGACUGGAAGGACCACUACAGAGGGAUGCUGGUGAAGGAGGUGAGCAACCUGGAGAACGAGUACGACACACUCAUGUACGGCGGCAUCAGCAUCACGCAGGCCGGCUCCGUGUUCAACAAGCCCGUGCCCGCAUCCACCUUUGCAUCGUCUUCCUUCUCCGCCAACUUCUUCCGAGAGGACAAGUGCUUCCGCUGGGAUCAGUCCAAGUGCUACACGCCCGACUCGCCCUACUACGAGAUCACGCACCACGGGCUGGACCCCAUGAUGCGGCGCAUCAUCAGCGAGAUGCAGCUGCUGACGGCGGAUGACGACGACGUGAUCGCCUACAACGGCACGCGCUACACCAUCAUGUACCGGGUGGGCGUCAAGGACCUGUACGAGGGGCUGCAGUCCUCCGCCCAGCUCUACGUGGACUACUCCAUCGACCGCUACAACUCGAUCAAGCUGCUGCACACCAUCCUUCUCAUCAUCACCAUCCUGCUGUUCCUGGCCUACGCCGUCUUCCUGCUGCGCCCCUACGCCGCCAACACGGAGCGCGAGGCGGGCACACUGGCCGGGCUGCUCAGCCACGUGCCCGCGGAGCUGGACAUCGCCGCGCACUGCCGCCAGAUCCUGCGCAACUACGACCGCCUGGUGAACCGCCACGGCGGCCGCGGCCACCAGAGCGCCGCGGGCCUGGAGGGCGGCCCCGCGGUGGACAAGACCGCGGCGCUGCUGGACAACGUGCCCGCGCCGCCCUCCAGCGCUGGAGGCACUAACGUGUGAAAGCGGAGCUGAGCGGAGGCAGGUGGGAUGGGAGCUGAGGAGGAAGCGCGGCAGCAGGCAUGCGUUGGACGGGCGAAGGCAAUGCGCACGUGCCGUGAUGACUAACGUAAUAAAGUUGCUUUCAAGCAUGCAACGGGACGUUUUACUUCUUGAGACUGCGUGAGCAACUUGUUGGAGGACUGCUAGGAGGUUGAGCGCGUUGGAUGUGGCGCGGCAAAUGAAGCGGCCCGUGCUGUUGCUGUGGUGGCGCCAGAGGUUCCAUUGUUGCAAGCUGCAAAUGCUUGCGAUUACGUUUGCUGACGUGUGUCAGCCGUUCAUGACUUUCGUAUGGGCAGUGCAGGAGACGGAAGUUGAGGCGCGGUGGGCGCCUUUGAAAGAGGAAUUCGUCUUGAUUAAUGUCAUGCAUGCCGCGCCGUUUGCUGUGUGCUUGAUAAGCCUUGCGCGCAGAAAUAGUACGCAACAUAGGACCCGGGAAGACGUUGUGUACGCAGGCAUGCAUCCUGCUGUCGUGACCAGUGGCAGCGGGAUGGUGCGUGUCCCAUCGUGUGCAACAAUGGCAACCCGUGUGUUUUAUACAUGACGCCCGGGCUCUGGGCACGUGGACAGCUACCACGAAUUCAUGGUUGCUAAGUCAACAUAGGUGGUUAGGCGCUUGUGGCACAUUAUCUAUGCCUAUGGUAGCCUGUUGUGGUGAGUUGCUGUCUGCGUAUUUGGCUUUUGGUCAGUCUCGGGCGGACAGCAGGGAUGGACAUAUGAGCCAAUCCAUAACCCGAAGUGCAAGGCCGCUGCUACUGCUAGGCACUUGAAAUAAAGCACGGUCUGGCUCGCAGGGAGAUGGUGACAACGUACACGUCGCCUGCCAUGUAGACGUCGACUGGUAGUGGUGGCAGUGGUGACGGGGGGACAGUUGAAACGCUCACGCCGGCUCAGGCCAGGUUUGUCUGAUGUGCCUGCCAGGCCCCAGUCCUGAUCCUAUGGAAUGUAAGUAAAGCUAUGCAAGUCCGUGGUGCUUCAAGUCGCCCACCGGCGUUGGCGCUUUGUGUCUUAUUUGCGCGUGUGUGCGCGCGUAAUUAAUCUCAUCUACAUAAGUCUACAUUGCUCAGGAGCUCCCUCAUACGCCGGCCUGAGGUGGGCAGAAGGCUGACACCAUCAGCGGAAGACAGGAGAACUAGUAAG